UGGAUAAAGUAACCUGCAUUCAAUAUAUUUUUUAGGUUGAUGAAAACCAUACAUUGGUUACUGGGUGGAAACAGCAGAGGAUCGGUUGUUGUCCAGCUGGAUCAGCAACAGGAAGCAUCGUGUACCAAGGACAAGCAUGUUGUGUCAACGUCACAUAUAACUCUACUCUCAAGUUUUGCUGCUUGACAAAAAAACUUGUUCUGGAUAUAACCCCUGAAAACACGAGAUUCUGCUAUCCGAUCAACCGAAUUCCAUAUUGCCGAGUUCGUGACCUCGACCUUGAGGCGCAUCGGCCACUAGAUGUCUCCUGUACCUUCAAUAAACAAAAGAACCCUCUCCAAUGUGACUUUGUCUGUCCAGUUGGAAGCAAAAUAAGUGGAGCCAAGAAAACGACUUGUUCAUCCAUUGGAACAUGGACCCAACCUGCAAGUUGCUGUGAAGGAUGUCCCACCACAUUCACUCAUGAUAUCUGGUUUAUUGUGGACAUCGACUCUGGUGUUGGAGUUGGAGCAAUGAGUGAUGUGAGGAAGUUUAUCACGGGACUUGCUUCCUACCUUCCUAUAUCACAAAUGAAUGUACGAGUUGCAGUGACUGCUUACAAUCGUAUUGUGUUCACUGAUCAACAAACUUGGUACUUGGAUGCCCAUGACAGUUAUGCAACACUUGAUUUUGCCAUAUCCCGUCUUCCCAACGAAGGUUUAGGUAGAAACGCUGGUGCAGCAAUGACUUGGGUGUCUAACAAUGCAUUCAAAGGAAGACUUGGUGACCGACCAACUGUAGAGAACCUUAUAGUAUUAAUUGCAACAGGUAAUCCGGAUGACUCGAUCACAAACGCAGCUGCAGCGUUGCGUAAUAUUGGAAGAUUAGCGGUUGUAGCCGUGGGCCCUGACGCUACUUCAUCUGACUUUGCAUCGGCUGUAACAGCACCGAGUUCUGAAAAUUUCCUACGUGUUCCGGAUUUUCUUGCGCUCGACAAUAAUGUUAAGUAUGUGUAUCAGCUUCUGUGUGGCAGAAACUGUAUUACACAAUAAGGACCUUGCUAUAUAUGUGUCGGCUAUGAGAUUAUAAUGUAUUGUGCGUGGUAGGAGAUUAACUAACACUGCCUUCGAAGUCAUUUAUAACUUGCAACAUGGUAUUUUGGCCUAUACACUUUGUGUAUCGAAUCGUCAACGAUUUUUCUGCAUAUGUGGAUUUUAAUGAUGUUUUUAACAAUGUGUUGUAAAACUGCUAUGUUGUUGCAAAUAUGUUCCAACUUUUAGAAUUAAGGUUAUACAUGUAACGCUUUGCUUCUAUAUCCGUGCGCUAUGCUGACAGUGUAAACUGUAAAUGAAGGCUGUAAUUAAAACUGUACCAAGGCCGCUA